AUGAGUGUCUGGCUGACUGACGAAUUUACAGCAACAGCUUUGGUGGCAAUAGCUGAUGCAACUCGGAAAUGCUCCAACCCAAAAGAUGUGGCCGCACUGAUCAAAGCUCAAAUAGAGAAUCACUACGAGGGCGCAUGGCAGGUUAUAGUGGGAAAAGACUUUGCCAGGUGA